AUGACGUCUAAAAAGCCUGCGCAGACUUACGGGCGCAUUGCGCUGAGCGACCUGACUCCCUCUCAAACGUCUCACUGGACUGUUCGAGCUGUGGCCGGAAGCUCACGGCAGUUUGAACGUCCAGGAGCCCAAAGCGAUGUACUAAGCACCACAUCGGACAUGUCAUUGCGUCUUCAGACGGCAGCGCUGGAUGAACGCAUGAAUGUUGGUCUUCGCUGCGGCGCAUGCGACGUGGCCUCCUUCGCCUCGUUGGACGAGCAGCACGUGCACUUUAAGUCGGGAACGCACUGCGUGAACCUUAAAAGGAGAGCAAAGGGCCUGUCGAGCCUGCCGGAACAGGAAGCGCUGCAGUAUCUAGAGACCCAAAGCCAGGAGAAGGAGAAAGAUGGUGGCUACUUGUCGUCCUCGUCUUCUUCGUCGCUGUCGGAGGAAGAGGAGGAAAAGGUUGCUACAACUUCGGAGCCUGUGGUUGAAUUUUCAGAUGGCACGAGUGUCUUCAAGGUGUUCAAAAACAUUCUUCCUGACGUGGACGAGGAGACAUUCAACCCAUACACUGCACUGGACAAGAUCUGUGCAUCAAAGUUCAGGUGGGCAGUCUUCCUGCUGCGUAGUGGACGCUUUGCUGGAGCUGUGUUUGACAAGGACAAGGCUCUGUGUCAUAAGACGUUCCAGAGGUACACGACGAGAAGGAAACAGGGUGGCGCACAGUCAGCCAGCGACGCUAGUGGCAAGGCUAAGUCAGCAGGUGCUACACUGCGACGGUAUAAUGAAGCAGCGUUGAAGCAGGACGUAGCAGCGUUGCUACUGGAGUGGAAGGACGUGCUGAAGGAUGUGGAGCUCAUUUUCAUAUCAAGUGGGAAGACAGAGCGCGCCACAUUCUUUCCGGAGAAGAACGCGGUGCUGCAGUCAGAUGAUAAGCGCUUGAAGCGAAUUCCGUUCGCUACGUUUCGACCGACGUUCGAGGAGGUCUGUCGAGUGCGUUCUGACCUCAGUACCGUGCGAUUCUCGCCGCUGGAAGCUGAUACUGCGUCUCCUACCGACAGUAUCAAGAAAGCGAAGAAGAAAAAGAAGAAGCAGACCUGUGAUCCUGUACCUGAGGCUGAAGUUAAGGCGGAGACUUCAGAGGAGGAAGAGAAUGUGCCUCAGAUUAUUCUGCUGGUGAAUGAUGGUGACCUCAAGGGAGCCCAGCAGCUGCUGUCCAAUGCGGAAGACAAGAGCUCUGUUGUAAACGAGGUGGACGUCAAGUUCAUGACUGCUCUUCAUCACGCAGCUGCGAAGAACGCAGUAUCAAUGGUGGAGUAUCUAUUAGAGCAAGGAGCCAACCCAGCGCUCUUGGACCUUCACAACCGACCGCCAUAUUUCUUGUGCAACUCGAAGGAGACUCGAAACGCAUUCCGAAGGUUCAUGGGCGAACACCCGGACGCGUGGGAUUACGCAACGGCGCAGAUCCCCGAGGGCCUCACUACUGAACGUCAGGAAGAAAUGGAGCGGAAGAUCGCUGCAGGCUUGGCUUGUGACUUCUGUGGCAAGUAUGCUGGCAAGUCUCCGUUCACUCGUUUAGAGUUCAAAUACUGCUCCACGGACUGUGUCAAUGCACACAAACGCAAACUAAUGAGUGAAGCAGCUCUACGUCGACUUGGGGGCUGA